AUGAAGAUCGUCAACGCCGUACUCACCAAGAUCGUCGAGAUAUAUAAUGUGUCGAUGAUCGAUCACAAACAGUUCGCGCGGCUGGUGAAUAAACUGAUCAGGUUUAUCUUCGACGUCUUGGAUUGGCUAGUCUACUUCCUCACCUACUUCACCAACUACAAGAAGAAGGAUGACCUACCGCGGAUCUCCUCGGACGCCCUGUUCAUCAGCGCCAAGAAGUUGGCCGAGAAGAUUAAGGCUAAAGAUUUACGAUGCGUGGAUGUGGUUGAAGCGUACAUAAACAGAAUAAAAGAUGUCCAGCCGUAUAUCAACAGUGUCGUACAGGACAGAUUCGAAGAGGCACUGAAAGAAGCGAGAGCCGUGGACGAGUUGGUCGAAAAUUCGCUGGUCUCAGAACUGAACAACAAGCCACUCUUAGGUGUACCGCUUACUGUUAAGGAAACUAUCGCUGUCAAAGGAAUGAGUAACAAUGCAGCCCGCAGCCGAGUAAAGGAACGCAAAGCUGAAAGAGAUGCUCAAGUGAUCGAAAGUCUGAGGGAAGCUGGUGCUAUUCCACUUUUGGUUUCAAACACUCCUGAACUCUGCCUCUAUAUCGAAACCAGCAAUCCCAGAUACGGAACAACAAACAACCCUUACGAUCUGAGGAGGACUGUUGGUGGAUCUUCUGGAGGGGAGGUGAGUCUUCUUGCUUCUGCAGCUUCGGUUAUCGGUGUGGGCUCUGAUAUUGGUGGUUCAUUAAGAAUUCCUGCUUUCUUUUGUGGAGUAUUCGGUCACAAACCAACACCAGGAUAUGUUCCCAACGAUGGACACGUUCCGACUAGCACCGAUCCAAUGUGGGACUACUAUUUCACACUCGGGCCACUCACGAGGUACGCUGAAGAUUUACCGCUGAUGUUGGAAAAUAUGAUCACUGAGAAGAGCAAGGUUGGAAAGUUGAGGCUGGAUGAAGAUGUCGAUGUGAGCAAACUGAAAAUUUACUUCAUGUAUGGUGAAGGUCCUAAUUCCAUUUUGCAAACAGUUCCGAAUGUUGAGUGUGUAAGAGCCAUUGGUCUAGCCAUUUCCACUUUGAGGGAUAAGUAUCAAUGUCAAGUUGAAGAAAUAAAGCUCACAGAAUUCCAAGAUUCUGUGUUUCUUAAUUCUCAGAUUUUGCAAAUGAGUGGAAUAGAAAAUGUUUACCAGACUAAUGAUGAUAAACCAGAUGAUUGGGGUUGGGUUCGAAUGGUCGAAGUCAUACUGAGGAAACUAUUGUUUCGAUCAUCUGCUUCCAUGUCUUGCAUCCUCUUUGGACCUCUGAAAAAGCUUCUGGAUCUUACUCCUGAGAAUGUUAGGGGUUUGGUACGACAGAAAGUCACAAAGAUACAGACAACUGUCACGGAUCUUUUGGGUAAUGAUGCAGUCCUGCUGUAUCCUUCAUUUUCUGAAGAAGCUCCAAUGCACAACCGCCUGUGUUCGAAGAUCCUGGAUAUUUCUUAUCUUUCUAUUUUCAACGUCCUUGGUAUGCCCGUUACCCAGUGUCCCGUAGGAAUGACAAGGGAAGGAAUACCAAUUGGUAUACAGAUCGCAGCAACACCCCAUCACGAUAGGCUCAGUUUGGCCGUCGCCCGAGCCCUUGAAAGAGAACUGGGUGGUUGGACGCCUCCUGCCAACCCAAAAGUUUAA